AAUCAGACCCUCCGAGCUAUGAUGUCGGCUAGUCUGGAAGUAGAAGUAUGCAGUGCACAGGACGUUGUGGCUGCAGACCCUACUGGGAAAAGCGACCCCUACUGCCUGGUGAGCCUGGCUGGAUCCUCAGAGCCCACCUUCAGGACUGAGACCUGUCUGGCUACACUAAACCCAGUCUGGAACCAGAGCUUCACCUUCCCUCCCUCCUCCCUCACCCCUUUCAUACACAGCACAAAAGGAGAGCUACUGCUGUUUGGAUACCUGUUGAUUGAAGUAUGGGACUAUGAUAAGGUCAAUCAAGAUGACUUCCUUGGCCGAAUAGUUGUCCCACUGUGUGAUGUACCUCCUGGAAGUGAUAAAGAUGACACCUACCCAAUCACAAGAAAAGGAGUCAAAGAUGUGGUGCGUGGGACUAUCAGGGUUAAACUACGCCUCUGUAUGGAGAAAGAAACUAAACUGAGCUACUCUGGCAUCAAUGGGCAGCUGUAUGAGGCCUGCAGGUCCCGGAGCUACCAGGUCCAGGUGGCCAGCAAACCAGCUAUACUGGAACUCCCUGGGAGAGCAGAGCGAGUCGAAGCGGCUGUUUCUAAUGUUCUGGUGGACAUCUCGUCCUUCUACUGCUCUGCACAACUCUUUCUCACUAAUUAUAGGCUGAUCAUAUUGGCUAAAAGGGAGCAGCAUUUUCAAGGGUUCAGAGGUCGUGGGAGUAGGAUGGACCACAGUAUGUGGAUAGCUCUCAACAACAUCCAGAACGUCGAGAUGAAGACCCAAUCUUCGAGGAUUCGGCGAAAUAUUUCUGGCCAGAGGUUAGAUGCUCUCACUCAAGCAAUUCACAUCAACUGUUUCGAUGCGAGGCGAAUCAAACUCCUCUUCAUUCUCAAUGAGGCGGAGCCAAACCCACUGAGCCAGUCUCAGAGACCACCCCUCCCUGACAGCAGUGAGCAGACACAGGGAUCUCCUAACUCCAGUCCUCGGUCAAAGAAAAAGGUGUUUACGACAGGACUUGGUGAAAGGGUUCAGAACUGGAAAAAUGGACUACCAGAAAAAGUCCAACACGUGAAGAUUGGAGGGAGGUUUGGGUGGAGCAGAGGGGGAGACGACACACACCGACAGUACAGUGAGAGUGGGUGUCACAGUGGUGAAAUCCCACCGGAACUCAAUUUCGGACGACAUAACAGCCGGCAAAGUUUAUGUCCUCAACAUCACACAGCGGAGAGACAGUAGCUGUUCAAUCUCGCCAAGCCAUAGCCCACAGCCAGUCUGCUCGGUUCAUGCAAACAGAGGGUGGAAACUCUGGCGAUGCCGACUACGAAGAUGAACAAGAUGUGAUUCCAAUAUUUACAACAGACAAUGAUGAAACUGAGGCCGAGGGGAGCCCUGUUAAUACUGACAGUAACGAGGUAGAGACUGGGAGUGGCUUAGUCCAGCUGACCCUCCCACAACCGAGUGCUGAGCUGAUCCAGUUGUUAUACAUCCGUCUCAGUGAUAUUGUGGCAAAUGUUGCCGACUAUCCUCCUGCCCAGCUCUAUAUCAGGUUCUUCAAAGAUGAGAUGCAUGAAUUGAUAGGUUGGAAUGUCUACAACUUUCCCAGGGAAAUGGAGAGACAGGGGGUAUCUGAAGAACUUUGGAAGCUGCAGGCAGUCAAUGGACCAAGCUAUGACUUGUGUGAAACAUACCCUCAACUACUUUAUUUUCCAGCCUCCGUUCCAUUGAGUGAUCUUCAAGAGUCGGCAAAGUUUAGGAGUAAGGGCCGACUUCCUUGCCUUGUGUGGGUGAAUGGGAAGAAGAAAAACUUUAUGCUUCGCUGUGCACAGCCACUCACUGGAGCUGCUGGAAAGCACUCAAGAGAGGACGAGUUGCUGAUCCAAGAGUCCAUGAAGUGUGGGCCCCCUGAUGGCAACCUCACAAUAUUUGAUGCUCGCUCGUUCUCUGCCGCUACCGGAAACAAAAUCAUGGGAAAAGGAACGGAGGACAUCACCAACUACCCCAACACAAGACUCACGUACCUGGAUAUACCCAACAUCCAUGCCGUGAGAGAGAGUUUUGAGAGUCUCAAGACUCUCUGCCUCUCUUCUACCAGUGACAAGUGGUUCUCAGCACUUGAAAACACUCAGUGGCUCAAUUACAUCAGCCUCAUUCUCAAGGGUGCCACGAUGAUUGCCCGGUGUCUGAAGCUCCAGCAAGGAAAUGUCCUCAUUCACUGCAGUGAUGGCUGGGACAGGACAUCCCAACUCACCUCCCUCUCCCAGCUACUGAUGGACCCUUACUUCAGAACAGUGGAGGGCUUCAAGGUUCUGAUUGAGAAGGAGUGGCUCUCAUUUGGACAUAAGUUCCAGCAGCGACUAGGCCACCCUCUCCUGCCUCAUGAACGAUCACCCAUCUUCCUCCAGUUCCUGGAUUGUGUACAUCAGAUUAUGUGGCAGUAUCCUAAUGCCUUUGAGUUCAAUGAUUCACUGCUGUUGAGAGUGGCAGAGCACAUCAACACAGCUUGGUUUGGUACAUUUCUCUGUAACUGUGACCGGGAGCGACACAACCUCUCUCUCUAUGCCACGACUCUCUCUCUGUGGGCCCACAUAGAUACCGACCUCCACUCCAUGCUCAACAGUGACUUCACUGAGACAAAAAAGACCAUAUUCCCAAUAAUAAACAUCAGACGUUUGAGGCUAUGGGAGGAAUAUUUCCUGACCUUUGACCCGACCCACAUGGCACAACAAGGCCACGCUGAGGAACAUGGUGUGACACAAACUGCCUCAGAUGGGCCAAAGGCCACACCCCAGGCGGCUCUCACUCAGUCAUGGGCCACUGACACUGUAGUGUGGAUGUCCAAUGACAAGACUUUGGACUGUUGCUUCUGUCAGCAGAGGUUCUCUGCCUUCAGGAGGAAGCACCACUGCAGAGCAUGUGGGAGAAUAUUUUGUAAUGACUGUACUAAGAGGCGCAUGGCUCUCAGUCACCUGGGCUACUUCCAGCCUGUUCGAGUGUGUGAUGAGUGCUACAGUAAACUUCAUGGAGCACAGAACACCAAGGACACUGAUGUAUGUAUAACCUACAAUAUUAUAGGAUGGAAUGUAUUAUAAUUAUUAAUGCUCUAUUUUUCAGGAUGGGUUUAUACUCGUAAGCCAAUCUUCACAAUAGUCAUCGACAGUUAGACUUUACUUUGUAUCAUACCUUGUGCCAUGUGGAGCUAAAUGAGUUGGUGAACAUGGGAAGUUGACUCUAUU